CUCUACAGACAACAUAUUCGCCCGCAGUGUUCCCGACCACACAAACCACAUUGAGAGCUGAGAUUUUCCAUGUUUUGGAUUUAAAAGACCACAGUCUGUGACUUCAGAAUAGUCUUCAGCAGCAGCAGCAACACAAAGGUGCAAAAAGGGGGAAGUCAUGAAAAAGGGAAAGCAGGUGAACAACGACAAUGAGCCCCCCACUUAUCAGGAGGCGACUGCAGGCUACGAUGAGAUGGAGGCCCAGUUCGCCUGGGACGACAUGACCAUCAGGCGGACCUUCAUCAGGAAGGUCUAUGCCAUUCUCAUGGUGCAGCUGUUCGUCACAGUGGCCAUCGUCGCUCUCUUCUCAUUCUGUGCACCUGUGAGGUUUUUUAUUCAGACUCACCCAAGCUUGUACAUGGCAUCUUAUCUUAUGUUCUUUGUCACCUACAUUGCACUGUCCUGCUGUGGAGAUCUAAGGAGGCAGUUUCCUUGGAAUAUCAUUUUGUUAGUUCUCUUUACUUUGAGCAUGGCCUUCAUGAUGGGAUUCGUGUCGAGCUUUUACAACACCAAAUCAGUGGUUCUGUGUCUGGGGAUCACAGCUGUGGUGUGUCUGUCUGUCACCAUCUUCAGCUUCCAGAGCAAGAUUGAUGUCACAUCCUGUCAGGGCGUCCUGUUUUCUUUGUGCAUGGUCAUGCUUCUGUGCGCCAUCACCAUCUCCAUCGUCGUCCCUUUCGGAUACGUCCCCUGGUUACACGCCAUUUAUGCCGUGGGAGGAGCCAUCCUCUUUACUCUGUUCCUGGCAUUCGACACUCAGUUGCUGUUAGGAAACAAGCGCUACACGAUAAGUCCAGAGGAAUAUGUUUUUGCCACCCUCAGCAUCUACCUGGACAUCAUCUACCUGUUCAGCUUCCUGCUGCAGAUCAUGGGAGGAGGCCGCGAGUAAAGCGCCGCUUUUUCCAGCAUGUAUCUGUCUCUCUGCUGCACUAUUUAUACUCUUCACAAACCCGAUGACCAUCCUGGAUUUGUUAUCCUGGUGAACAAAAUGACAUCAGGGCUUUGAUGAAUCACUAGUUUCGUUCAUACAUGCGUCAAAAACUAUGUAAGCAAAGUGAGAGCAAUCUGCUCGUUCUUUGCUUUCAGUUAUGUGAUCUUGUCUACACAACCCUGCAGCUGGUUUUGUCACUAUGCACUGACGUAGCCGCCACCUGCCUGAUACCUCACUGUAGUUGUUCACUGUACUCUGGCCAUUCCUGUCUGUCUGUUUUUGCAUUGCUCUGAGGUCAACUGUGACGCCUCCACUCUAAAGUGUGUGUUUAAACAGCCAUUAGGCUCAUAAGUGGACAAAACACCCCCCCCCAAAAAAAACCAAAACAACAAAAAACCCAAAGCUGAGUAUGAUCAGUUUCAUGCAUUAUUUUGUUUAUCCUUCAUUCAGCCAAGAAGGGAAGAUUCAGGAUAUCAGCACUUUGUGUUUGCUUUAAUGAUGAACAAGCUAUGUACAGUAGAUGCAGUCUGUUUUAUACUUGCUUUUAACAUAUCGUCAUAGGUGACAAAUUUAAUGUUUUACUGUAUGUGUGUAAGAUAUUUUCAUAUUAACAGCUCAGUUUGAGCGUGGAUGUUUUGUUUGAGGGGAAUUACUGAAUGAGUGAAACCUGAAGAAGAGGAUUCAACGAGCAUCCUUUGAACUGAGACACACCUACCACAAAGGGACAACAUAUAGUACAUACUUCAGAGAUCAGUUGCAAUUUCUAUUGUAACUUUAAUGUGGCCUUUGGGAUGCGAUAGAAAAUUAUUAUUAUUGUUCUUAUUAUUAUUAUCAUUAUUAGAAAUGUUUUAACUGUAUAAUGAAAAAAAACAAGAUUUGUUCGUAUGUUUUUCUAAGGACAUAAGCUAUGUCCAUUUUAUUCUGACAUCAUUCAAAUAAAACUGACACAUGGAAACUACUGUGUCUGG